AUGACAGUCCAGACAUUCUACCUUAUUGGUGAAAAGGAACGCUCGACACGCGAGCUCGAUGUUGGUGAUCCAAAGACAGUGAACGCGCUUCGACAGGGACUAGCAGAAGUCUUCAAUAUAUUGAGUGCAGAAGGAAUCGACUUUCAUGAUUGUCAUGGCCCAAUAAGUACUAUCGAGAGUAUUUUGCGAAGUGAAUCAGUCGGUAUAACUGUCAACGGGCAUCCCGUACGCUAUCCUCAGCAGCCCCAAGGGAUCCCUAUAUUUGGAAACCACUUUGAGAUCUAUCCAGAUCAUCUAGGAAAUCACGAACGCCUCUUCAACAAAUAUGGUUCCGUUAUCCGGACUAAUAAUAUGGGCAGAGUGACAUACCUCACAAACGACCCAGACAUUGCAGCACUUGCGUUCAGGGACAAUGACUACUUCACCAAAGCACCAUCGUCAGCGAGUCAUCCGCUUUACGGAAUCAGGGACCAGACAGCGCUGUUUCUAUGUGAUACCGAAUCCCCGGCGUGGAAAGAGGCACACAAGUUUAUUCCCCCCAGCAUGACCCCUCGAGCCGUUCGGCACUACACUCCUCUACUUCAGCAGUCGGUAGACACCGUAUUUAACGUGCUGGAUAAAUUCGAUAACAACGGACAGGCAUUCAAUGUCUAUCACUUAACAGCAAAACUAGCUUCCCAAGUGAUCUGCCAGCUGGUGCUUGGAGUCGAUCUUCAUCAUUUCGACGCCGUCGACAGUCCGGUACAUCCUAUCAUUGUGCUCCUUCAACGCUACCUUACGCUCAAUCGCCGCGUACAAACAAAGGGAGCAUGGUAUUCCUAUCUACCAUUCGGAGACCCCGUCGCCCUUAAAAACACUCGAAGGGAAUUAUACGGUCUCAUCGAGGAGGCCGUCAUAACGUGCCAAAAGAAAAACGGUGGCACAACUGGCGACCUUCCUAUACAGACGGCUGCGCUACAUGCAACCUGUCUCGUAGACUACCUGGCGCGGGCAACGGAUGAACAUGGAAACAAGCUACGCCAUGAGUACAUUCUCAGCAACACGCUCGCUCUAGUCGGUGCCGGCUUUGUGACUAGCUCUGCUUUCCUCUCUUGGCUCAUAUACUCCCUUGUCGAAUACCCCGGUCAGCAAGACCGGCUCCUCCAAGAAUUGGUUGAUCACGGCGCCGUCUCUGAUAAACGAUGGACGUACGACGAGAUCCAAGCCCUACCCUUUCUGGACGCCUUCGUCAAGGAAGCACAACGCAUGCAUAGUCCAUCUUUCCAGCCUGCUCGAAACGUCAAGAAGGACAUCAUCCUUCCGGGCGGAUGGGCUCUGCCGCAGGGUUCAAUUCUCAUCCCGAGUAUUCCUCACCUCCACCACCACACGGCAUACUGGGAGAAUCCGGACCGCUUCGACCCCGACCGGUGGCGGACGGAGAAAGUCAAGAAUCGGCACCGAAGCGUGUAUGUGCCAUUUGCAGCUGGUCCGCGCAGCUGUAUCGGAUUCAACGUGGCGUUGCAGGAAGUAAAGAUAUCCUUGGCUGAGCUUGUCUACCGCUACGAGUUUGUGAACGCCACCAACGAGGGGAUAGAGUAUGAUCCGGACUUUAUCGUGAUUCGCCCGGUGAAUUUCUACGUUCGGGCCAUUCGGCGGACGGAAUGGCCGGCUCGUUCUCCCUGA